AUGGAGGGAGGAUGUGCGACCGAGCUUCCCCCUUGUCCCCGCAUGCUCUCCACUUCCUCAGGUCCCUGGGCCCUGUGGUUGGCUAUGCUACCCACGGCCCAGGUACGCCAAGCAGGCCAAGUUAUUGCGCUCGAGAGGAAACAAAUCCCCAUCUCCUCCAACCAGUCUUCCGCUCCCCGCCCCCCGUGUCCUCGAGGCUCGCCGUAUUCCAGAGAUUCAGUCCGUCCCUACACGCGUCUCUCCGUCGUUCCCUCUCCCUCUCGCUCCGAGAUAGACGGCCUCGCAGAGGUCAUGUCUUCAAUCACAGCAUCACGGUCAAGGAACAUGGCUGCCAAUGCCAGUAAUUACCGCUCGACGGAGGGCCAGCCAACCCGGCUUACCAUGGAUGUGCUUCCCGAUUUUUAA